CCCUGAGGCACCGACUACAUUGAUGGAGGAGCCGCCAACAUUGAACUCAAGGCCCAAGCAGGGAUCACAAGCAUUGCUGCCGGAAAUUGGCGUGCACACUGAUGGACAUCACUGGCUCCGGGGUCGGAAGGGUUCGAUGUCCUUACUUCCGGAUCUGCCGAAGGCAAAUGAAAGAAAGUGCCAGACGUGUGAGAAAGUUCAGGCACGUGGACGCUCAGCUCCGGCUAGUCGGAAGCAGCCGACAGAAAUAAAGGCAAGACUUCGGCAGCAGGAUGCGAGAUCUCAAGAUGCGAGAUCUCAAGCCAAAGUCACUCAGGCCGAGGAGCCCGCUCCGCAGCUGAUGCAAGCUGGAAAUCGAAAGGGCUCCAUGUCGCUGCUGCCAGAGCCAGAGGCUCCGAAAUUGCCGCAGCAGGGAGUACAAGCUCCGAAAUUGCCGCAGCAGGCGCAGGUAAGUUUGGCCAGUGCAAGAGCUCGUCACGUUGCUGAACCCAAAUUCAUAAGAACUGCCAGAUCGAGAUCUUCUUCAAGGUCUUUGCCACGUCGACGAGAGGUGGCAGAGCGCCAAGAAGAAGUGUCUUUGCAAGAAGCGGCAUCCAUUGCACUGCACCAAGCCUCUCAGGAGCCGCCAAUGUUGAACUCAAGGCCUAAACAGGGAUCACAGUCAUUGCUGCCAGACCUGGGUGAAGCUGUCGCUCCCCCGUGGCCUGACAAGAUCGAGGAGGAGGUUCAGAAGGCAUCAAAACUGUCACUCGCCGAUUGGACUGAGGACAAAAACCGAAAAGAGGGACACCAUACACCAACAUCAGGGACUCAGACUCCCAAAACAAAGGCUGUCUCCGACGCCAACUCUGAUUCCGGGCCGGAUUGCAUGGAACGUGGCUUUUCCUUGUCGAUCUUGGAUUCCUUGCUGCGAGACCACUUGGAGCGUGAAGACAAGGGAUCGAGCGAGGCAACGAACCAGGUGCCAAAACCCGUUGUAGUAGUGUCUUCGGAAGUGAAUCCUUGGUCAAAGACUGGCGGACUCGGAAUGGUGGCCGGCUCCUACGGCUACGAGUUUGCCAUGAGGGGGCAUCGUACUAUGGUUGUCUCCCCACGCUACGCUGAGUAUGAUGAUGCUGAGCAGAUUGGCUGUGCCAAAGUUUGGCUUGACGGAGGGGAACACGAGGUGCAAUUCUUCCACCUUUACCAAGACCUUGGCGAUGGCAAUGGCACGGACUAUAUUUUUGUGGGCCAUGAUUGCUUCUCUCGCGAAGGUUUGUAUUGCGAUCCCAAAGAUGGCAAAGAAUACCCAGACAACCUCUUCCGUUUCUCUCUUUUGACAGUGGCAGCACUCGAAGCCCCGCUGGUCUUGAACAUCAGGGGCAGCACCUUCGGCCAGGACGUGCUCUUCAUUGCGAACGACUGGCAGACCGGGUUGUUGCCGGUGUAUCACUUGUACAAGUACCGGCUGAAUGACACUUACAAAAACUCUAGGUGCGUUUUUGUGAUCCACAACAUCCGCUCUCAGGGCAAGUAUCGUUUGAGCAAGUUCCCGAUCGAUAGCUACCUCGGACUCCCACCAGAGGCCAUUGAGUUCUUGCAGGGUGAGGACCGUAGCCUGGGCAAUGACUGCAUGAACCUGUUGUCUGCAGCAUGCUUGGCCUGCGAUAAAGUCCUCACUGUCUCGCAAGAUUAUGCUGCAGAGAUCCUGAACCUGAAGAGUGGCUCGGGGUUGAAUGGCAUUCUCCAACAAAACGGUCCGAAUCGCAUGGCUGGCAUCAUCAACAGUAUUGCGGAUGAUUGGAAUCCCAGGACAGACCCCCACAUUCCAGCGAACUACACUCGCAGCAACUUUGACGAAGGCAAAGCUGCAUGCAAAAGGGAGUUGCAAAAAGCAUUGGGCUUGCAUCAGGACUCUGGGGUAGCUCUCCUUGGCUUUUCUGGCCGUUUGUGCUACCAAAAGUGGGUCCCUCUCAUCACCGAGAUCCUACCAUGGUUGCUCACUGAUGAACCCAGUGGUGUGCUUGGACGCAUUCAAGUCAUCCUUAUGGGCAAAGGAGACGACGCCUUCGCAUCCCACUUGUCAAACGCAGAGAAGAGCCACCUGGGCAAAGUCUGUGGCUACGUGGGCUUUGAUCCAAAGGUUGAACACCGACUGCUGGCAGGUUGUGACUUCCUUCUGAUGCCAUCCCGUCUUCCGCAGAUGUAUGCGCAAGCAUAUGGAACGGUGCCAAUCGUCCAUGAAACCGAAGGCUUUAAGGCCUCUAUUGUGGGGCUUGUGGACGAGCAGAAAGACCGGGAGACUGCAACAGGGUUCCAGUUCUGUGGCUUCGAUGUGAAUUGUUUGAAGGAGCGUAUGUAUCAGGCUCUUGAAGUGUACCACAAGAAGCGGGAUCUUUUCAAGCAAAUCCAGAUCAACGGCCUUGAAACGAACGACAACUGGACGGAGGUCGUUUCUGAUGCCAAUUCUGAAGCUGGGCCAGAGAACAUCAGCAUGGAAAGAGUUUUUUCCCUGUCAGCCUUGGACUCCCUUCUCCAAGAUCCAGAAGGCAAAGCCGAACUACGACAUCAAUUGGAGCUUGAUGAACUUGAGGACAAAAGACCAAAGUACACCAGCCACCACUUGUCCAAGCCUGUGGUAGUUGUCUCAUCAGAAGUGAAUCCUUGGUCUAAGACUGGCGGGCUCGCGAUGGUGGCCGGCUCCUACGGCUACGAGUUUGCCAUGAGGGGACAUCGUACCAUGGUGGUCUCCCCACGCUACGGUGCAUAUGAUGGUGCCCACUAUGUUGGCUAUGCCAAGAUAUGGCUUGACGGAAGGGAACACGAGGUGCAAUUCUUCCACCUUUACCAAGACCUUGGCGAUGGCAAUGGCACGGACUACAUCUUUGUUGGCCAUGAUUGCUUUUCGCGUGGAGGUUUGUAUUGUGAUCCCAAUACUGGCAAAGAGUUCCCGGAUAACCUUUACCGUUUCUCUCUCUUGACAGUGGCAGCGCUUGAAGCCCCGCUAGUCUUGAACAUCAGGGGCAGUACCUUUGGCCAGGAUGUGCUCUUCAUUGCGAACGACUGGCAGACUGGGUUGUUGCCGAUUUAUCAUUUGUACAAGUACCGGCGAAACAACACCUACAAGAACUCCAGGUGUGUUUUUGUGAUCCACAAUAUCGGCUACCAGGGCAAGUAUCGUUUGAGCAAGUUCCCAAUCGAUGGCUACCUUGGACUCCCACCAGAGGCCAUUCAGUUCUUGCAGGGUGAGGACUUGAACCUCGGGGAUGAUUGCAUGAACCUGUUGUCGGCGGCAUGCUUGGCCAGCGACAGAGUCCUGACUGUGUCACCGAACUAUGCCGUGGAGAUCCAAUCUCCAGAAGGUGGUCAAGGGUUGCAUGGCAUUCUCCAAGAGAAGGGGAGACAGCAUCGCAUGGCUGGCAUUCUCAACGGCAUUGCGGAUGAAUGGAAUCCGAAGACGGACCCCCACAUUCCAGUGAACUAUAGUAUCAGGACCUUCGAGGAGGGCAAAGCUGCAUGCAAGAAGGAGUUACAGAGAUCCUUAGGCUUGCAGGAAGACCCACAAGCAGCUCUCCUUGGCUUUUGUGGGCGAUUGUGCUACCAAAAGGGUGUCCAUCUCAUUACGGAGAUCAUCCCAUGGUUGCUGCAGAAUGAAUCCAGUGGCGUGUUGGGACGUGUGCAAAUAAUUUUGAUGGGGAAAGGAGAUGACUUGUAUGCAAACCAGUUGUCGAACGCCGAGAACCGCAACCGGGGAAGAGUAUGUGGCUACGUGGGAUUUGAUCCCAAGGUUGAACACCGAAUGUUGGCAGGUUGCGACUUCCUUUUGAUGCCAUCGCAAUACGAGCCUUGUGGCCUUCCACAGAUGUAUGCACAAGCAUAUGGAACGGUGCCAAUCGUCCAUGAAACUGGAGGUUUGAAGGACUCUGUUUCAGGGCUUUGGGAUGAGGAGCGCGACCGCGAGACUGCAACAGGGUUCCUGUUCUGCGGCUUUGAUGAAAAUAUGUUGAUGGAACGGAUGUAUCAGGCUCUUGAAGUCUUCCACAAAAAGAAAGACCUUUUCAAGCAAAUCCAGAUAAACGGCCUUCGGAAAAACUACUACUGGCCACAGGCCAUCGACGAAUACGAGCGGCAUCUUGAUUGGACGCUUGACGGUGAUGCUGCUGUUAGCUAGAAGCUAACGCUCAAAACAAAAACCCUGGAGCCCACUCUAAGGGUGCCUUAGCGCGUUUCUCCAGAUAGACCUG